AGCAUUCCCCUACAAAAACGGCUCUUUCAUCUUCGAAAAUUUUUCUUCAUAGUAUUUGUGCAAUCUUUGCUUCUUCCCCUUUCCUACUCUUCUCCUACUUAGCCAUCAAACCCUACACCUAUAGUUCUUGUCACACCAAACAAACCAUAUUAUAUUAUACCUUAAACUCAUAUACAUUUUCUUUCUCAAUACCAAAAAUCAUAACUAUAAAUUAUUAGAUCACUAGAUUAUGGCUUACCAAUUCACAAUAUUUCAAUGCAUUUUUGUGCUUCUUUUUUUGUUACCUUCCCUUGCAUUAGCCAAGAUUUUUCCUAGGUUCCCGUCGUCGAACGUUCGACCGGAGCAACUAGCUCAAAUUCUAAAGGAUGAUGAAGUUAAGCCUUAUAAAACAAAGUAUUAUACACAGAUACUUGAUCAUUUUAACUAUAAUCCACAAAGUUACCAAACUUUUCAGCAAAGGUACUUAAUCAAUGAUACUUAUUGGGAUGGUGCUAAAAAUAAUGCCCCAAUCUUUGUUUACAUGGGUAAUGAAGGAGAUAUUGAGUGGUUUGCACAAAAUUCUGGUUUCAUGUUUGAGAAUGCACCUCAUUUCAAAGCCCUUUUGGUUUUCAUUGAGCAUAGAUUCUAUGGGAAAUCUAUACCAUAUGGAGGUGACAAAGAGGUAGCUUAUAAAAAUGCAACUACACAAGGAUAUCUUAGUUCAACCCAAGCAUUGGCUGAUUAUGCAACUAUCAUACUUGACCUUAAGAAGAAUCUCACCGCUACUGAAUCUCCAGUUGUGGUUUUUGGAGGUUCCUAUGGAGGAAUGUUAGCGGCUUGGUUUAGGCUCAAGUACCCACAUGUGGCUAUUGGAGCUUUGGCUUCUUCUUCUCCAAUCCUCAAUUUUGGAAAUCUCACUUCUCCUUUUAGCUUCAACAAUAUUGUCACUCAAGAUUUCAAGAGUGAGAGUGAGAAUUGUUACAAAGUGAUCAAAGGGUCAUGGGCACAAAUUGAAGAAACAGCACAGCAGAAAGGAGGGCUAGAAAAGCUAAGAUCAUCUUUUAAUAUUUGCAAGAACAUUACUAUUUCUGCUGAAUAUGUUGAGAGUUGGUUGAGUAUGGCUUAUAUUUAUACUGCUAUGACAGACUAUCCUACUCCCUCCAAUUUUCUCAACCCCUUGCCUGCUUUUCCAGUUAGACAGAUGUGCAAGGCAAUAGACAAUCCAGAAUUAGGAAAUGAUACAUUUGCCAAGUUGUAUGGAGCAGCCAACAUAUAUUACAACUACACUGGAAAUGUCGACUGCUUUAAUAUAACGAAUGAUUCUGAUAAACAUGGUCUUGAUGAGUGGACAUGGCAGGCAUGUACAGAGAUGAUAUUACCAACAGAUGGGAACAACAAAGAGAGUAUAUUUCCAACUUCCAAUGACGACUAUAAUGAUCGAGACUUGUACUGCACCAGCAUCUAUGGUGUUCAACCUCGUCCUCAUUGGAUCACUACUGAAUUUGGUGGAUUUGAUAUACACAGGGUACUUAGAAGAUAUGCUAGUAACAUCCUCUUCUUUAAUGGCAGAAGAGACCCAUGGAGUGGUGGAGGAGUAUUAAAGAACAUCUCCAGCAGUUUGGUGGCCAUAGUUGCAAAAGAAGGUGCACAUCACGUAGAUCUCAGAUAUUCAACAGAAGAAGAUCCAAAUUGGCUCAAGGAAAUAAGGAAAACAGAGAUCCACCACAUCAAAAAGUGGCUUUCUCGAUAUUACCAUGAUUUGGAUCACUUUUCUCAUUGAACAUACAACACAGAUUAUUAGAAUUAAGUGUGAUAUAUAAGAAGUAUUAGUGACAUUAGAUAACCAUCCAACAUAAUUUUUGGCUGGUGUGCUUGUCACUUCGAUGCCUUAAACCCCAUGAAAAGGUAUACAUUACUAUGUUUAUAUGUCAUAUUUCUUCCGUUCUUUUUUAAUUACAAUAUUUCUCUUAUUUAAAAGUUUCAUAUAUACUAUAGUAUGAUAAUAUUUUCCCUAUUUUCUUCUA